AACGGCUAUUCCUCAGGUUAAGACCAAGGACAACAGUUGUUCAUGGUCAAGAGCAUUGUCUUGAAUAGUUCAUUUCACCAUGAAAACCAAUAUUAUAUUUUUUAUUUUAUUUUCAACCACAUAUUACGUUGAAUCGAUUCUCGUUGACAUUUUUCAAUCACUCUACGGACAGUAUCUUCAACAAGGAAUAUCUUUUAGAGAAAACACAUACCUAGGCAAUAAGCCCAUACUGCGUGAGUAUGAUUUUAUUGUUAUUGGAUCAGGUCCAGGAGGAAGUGUUGUUGCAAAUCGUUUGUCGGAAAAUUAUAACUCGUCAGUGUUAAUAUUGGAAGCUGGACAAGAUGAAUCUGUGUACACGGAUAUUCCAGCUGCCGCCCCAUACUUCCAAUCGACAGACUACAAUUGGGGAUACAGUACCGAACCCACCGAAAAUGGAUGUUUAGGUAGUGAAAAUAAGCGUUGUUCGUGGCCAAAAGGAAAAGGUUUAGGCGGCUCAUCAAUCAUAAAUUAUAUGUUGUAUACAAGAGGGAGCAAAAAAGACUAUGAUAGUUAUGCGGCACUUGGAAAUACUGGUUGGUCUUACAAAGAUGUAUUGCCCUAUUUCUUGAAAUCUGAAAACAACUCGAUACCAGAAUAUCAGAAUUCAGAAUUUCAUUCUAACAAAGGGAAUUUGCACGUCGAAAGAAUAAAAUAUCAAACACCACUCGUUGACAAGUUUAUAGAAGCAGGAGGCGAAUUGGGAUUGAGGAAAAACAUAGAUUACACAGUUGAACCAGAAAAUGGAAUUUCACGUAUACAAGCUACAACAAUAAACGGACACAGAAUGAGUGCGGCUAAAGCAUAUAUUCGCCCAGUGAAAAACCGUCAGAAUCUUCAUGUCGCAAUAUUUUGCAGAGUGACCAAAAUACUGAUUGAUCCCCAAACAAAAAAAGCUAUUGGUGUAGAGUUUGUUAAAAAAAGGAAAACCAGGAGAGUAUGGGCCAAAAAGGAAGUCAUCUUAUCAGCUGGACCAAUUAAUUCACCUCAAUUACUCAUGCUGUCCGGAAUUGGACCAAAAGAACAUCUAGAAAAACUUGGAAUACCAGUGAUCCAAGAUUUACCUGUUGGCAGAAACUUAGAAGACCAUUAUGGAACAACUGGUUUAAGGUUUAAAAUCAAUAGAACAGGAGUAGCAAUCAGCGAGCAAGCUUUGUCAGAUCUAUUGGUAUUCGACGAUUGGUUUAAUUUUGGUGAAGGACCUUUAACUGUACCAGGAGGAGUAGAAGGUUUAGGUUAUAUAAAAUCACCGGCUGGCAAGGAAGUUGAACUUAUAUUUCUCUCUUUAUCACCGACUGGUGAUACGUUUAAUAUAGUACCUAUGCUAUUAAGACCAGACGCACGUGGACAAGUCACGUUAAAAGACAAAAAUCCUUGGCACUGGCCAAUUUUACAUUAUGGAUACUAUCAAAACAAAACUGAUUUGGAUACAUCUGUUUAUAGUCUUAAGUAUAUAGUAAAAUUAGUAGAAGAAACUAAAGCUUUUAAAGAUUUAGGUGCAACAAUAUACCCUGAUCCCAUACCAGAAUGCGAUAAGCUCCAGUUCAAAUCAGAUGAUUACUGGGCAUGUUUAGCGAAGUACACAAUAACUAGUUUACAUCAUCAAUGUGGUACAUGCAGGAUGGGUGACGUUGUAAACAACAAAUUACAAGUCAUUGGAAUCGAAAGGCUAAGAGUAGUAGACUCUUCAAUAUUACCACACGUUCCGAGAGCACAUCUUUAUGCUCCUACUGUAAUGAUUGGAGAAAAAGCAGCAGACCUAAUAAAAAGUGAUUGGCCCCAAAUUUUCAAAAAUGUUUAAUGUUUUAUGAAUAACCUAAUAGUUUAUAUAAUUUCACAAACACGUUGAGUAUUAUUUUAUAAUUGUAAAUACUUACCAGAUACUAUAAGAGCUUUGUUUGGACCAACAGUAUGUAUUUGUCCCAUUUUUUUUUCGUUUUUUGUAUUUUUUUAUUAUACUUCUAAGUCAUUAAAAAUUGCGGUAAACCAAAAUAUAAAAUAUGGUGUUUUUUUAAUA